AUGAUAUACCGCCAACGGGCUACGUUUGUAAUUGUAGCAUCCAUCAGCAUCCGAUCCCGUAAUUAUAGUCUCUACGGUGAAUGGGCACCCUUCGGCUUUGGUUCUCUUCAUGGCGGUUCUAGUCCCAAUCCAAAGAUACAGUUCCUAUCUACCCAUACGGUGACCAAGCGCUUAUUUUCUAAGGUGGACUGGAACAUGACGCCACCGUUUCCAACUGGUGAAACGUCUCCGGUGAUUCCAGUGAUCGCCACAUUUUUUGAUCCCUCUGGUUCAUAUAUGGUCAUAGGCUUGUAUACCCUUCUCAUAGCAAUCACUCUAUGGACCAUAUUUUCCUCUCCCAAGAAAUCCGGACAUACCUUCCUGCCUACAGUCAUUUUGAUUCUAUACAUUCUCACGACAAUUUCUUAUGGGUUUGACUGGGCGUACCAGCGGCGCGCAUUCAUUGAGAACGGGGACAACUUUUUCAGUAUCUUUGUUGCGCUCCAGAGUAUCAGCCCGUGGUGGAGAGCAUACGAACUCGUUGAUGGUAUUAGCGGUGGUAUGAGCACAUUUCUCGUCGACAUCACCAUUGUAUGGCGUUGUUGGGUGCUUUGGGACCGUCAAUGGAGGAUUGUCCUUAUACCAGCUCUUUGCACGGUAGCCGGGACAAUCGCAAAGGCCAUGCAAAUCCGUAGUGUUUUCAUCAACACAACCAGCGAAAUCGGCGACACCGGAGGCUUCGUAGCAGAGAUCAACUGGCCACUGAUCUAUAUCUCCUUGACACUGGCCACGACACUCCUGUGUACCCUAUUGAUCGUCUACCGCAUCGUUCGCCUGGCAUCAGGAGUGGGCUCAUACGGGAAGAUUGUCGAGAUUGUGAUUGAAUCCUCAGCGAUGUAUUCACUGACACUGAUUGUGUACCUGGCCCUGGUUGCGAGAAAUCUGCAAUCGGGCUAUUAUGCAGAUAUCAUUAUGGCAUAUAUCAAGGUCAUUGCACCUACGCUCCUCGUUGGACGAGUCUCAGCCAGUUCGAAUUCAAGCUCUAACAGUCAGACAAUAGUCCAUUCCACAAAGGACCGUAGCUCUGUGUUGAGCAGAUUCAUAGCAAGAAGGCGAGAGACGGCUUCCAUUUAUCGGAAUGGCAACGAUUCCACUACCUCGUCGCAGACUUAUUAUAAGCCGAGGAUGGAUAAUGUCUAAUACUGAAGCCUGC